UGAAUUACCACAAAUGACAUGACAUUAACAGUAUUGACAGUAACCGAUAAACAUGUUUUCAAAAUGUUGUUUGUUAUUUUAGUAGAUAGAUUGAGGUUAUAAAGUAGAAAUUAUAAUAUAAUUAUUGCUCCCAAGCAUUGAAACUGAGGCAUUACACAUUGCCUAAAAGAUGAAUAGACCUCCACGUCCACGUAUGAUGAACAACAUGUAUCGACGCCCCAUGCCUUAUAACUCUCAAUGGAGACCGAACAAUGGGCUACCUCCACGGUUUCAGUGGAAUAAUCCACGUUUUGGAGCACCUGAUGCGAGAUUUCAAAAUAAUGAUGAGCACUGGUGUGAAACGUGUGAUAGAGGCUUUCCUACAGCAGAACUUCUGCAGCAACAUAAUUCACAGCACCAGAAAUGCAACAUAGAUGGUUGUCAGUUUAUUGCACAUCCAAAAGUUAUAACAAAACACAUACAAAUGCAACAUUCAUCUGGCUUAUACAAAAAGAUUGCAAAUCUCAACAAUCCAGAGGACAUACAGAAAUGGCGUGAAGAAAGGAAAAAGAAGUACCCUACCAAGUCCAAUAUAGAGAAAAAAGAGGCAGAGAAUAAAGAAAAAAUUGAAAGAGGAGAAAAAAUGGCUUUGAAGCAUGACCGUAGAACAGAUAAGCGUGGACCAACAGAUCAAGGACCCAGAAAGAGGAAUCCCAGUUUUGAUAGAAGAAAUCAGAAUCCUAGAAUGAAUAGAAGGAAUUUCAAAGACAAUACAGGUACAACAAAUAAUAACCAAAAUAACACACAGCCAGCAAAGAAAAUACCUAGGACAAUACCCAGUGCACCAGUUCCUGCUGAGAAGAAUAAGCUUAAACCUUUUGCUGGUAUCCUAAGUAUUGUGAUGGAUCAAGAAGCAGUUGAUUCAGAUGAACCACUACAAUGUAAUGAUGAAUUAUUUGAAGAUGAUGAGGAGAUAGUAGUACCAACUCCAAAAGAAACAACAACCACCCAAGAACCAAUAGUAUGUGGAGCUUUGACAUCACUCAUGUGUGACUAUGGAACAUCAGAUGAAGAUGCUGAGGAAAAAGAGAAUGAGGUAAUAGCAAAAUCGACAGAAAAAACUAACCAAUCACAAGUUAAUGAUGAUAAUAAAAUAAAAGCUGCAUUAGAGGAUAAACCUGAUAUAAUAGAAAAUAAUGAAAGUGACAACGAUGCUCCAGAAGAAAUUAAAAUAGAGAAAACUAAUUUAGAACAUGAGACUAGUCAAGAAGCAGUUGUUAAAAGUAAAGAAAAGGUAAUGAAAACCACUUUACCAGUUAAAAAACCAGAAAGAAAUAACUACAAAGUUAAGCACAAAAUUCCAUCAACACUCCUUCAAAAAUUAUUAUAUAAAGAAAUUAGACAGGAACGUAACAUAGUUCUUCAGUGUAUUAGGUAUAUUAAGAAAAACAAUUACUUUGAUAAGCCUGACCAAUAAAUACAUAUUUUAUACUA